AUGGCUAUAAUUUUGGCUGGAAGUGAAGGCGAAACAAAGCGAGAAAUUCUCUCAGCAUUGCAACUCCCCACGGACAUUGGGAAUGACGAGAUCCACAACGCAAUGGGACGUUUUAUUUCUAGUUGUUUUGAGUCCACACCCGGCGUGACAGUAUCUGUUGGAAACCGAGUUUUUGUAAGACAAGAAACAAACGUUAUUGCACAAUAUCAGGAGUUACUGAGCAAGAAUUAUGGAGCAGGUUUCGAGAGUGUGGACUUUCGCGGUGCUACCGAGGCUGUACGGAAGCACAUUAAUGGUUGGAUUAGCAAUGAAACCAAGGGAAAGAUUCAGAAUUUAUUUACCCCGGGUAGUCUGGAUCCGGCAACUUGUGUGUUGAUCGCAAAUGCCCUAUAUUUCAAGGGCGCAUGGCAGUACGAAUUUAACAAAUUGUUAACCAGGGAAGCGGAAUUUCAUCUCCUGAAUGGAGAGAGGAAGAAAAUAAAAAUGAUGUUUGAGGAGAAAUUCUUCGAAUACGCCACUUUGUCUGAUUUGAAUGCAGUUGCGGUAAAAAUGCCAUUCCGAGAGUCCAGAUGGAAGAUGUUGAUAGUUUUACCAAACGAACAUGAUGGCCUGAACACAUUGUUACCAAAACUUCAAUCUGGUCAACUGAAAAAUGUUUUGGAUGGACAAUUUGACAGGAUGAAAGUAGACCUUUUUCUACCACGCUUCAAGUUGAACGAGAAUAGGGGAAUCGAUGUAGUAAAGCUUUUAGGGAAGCUUGGUAUAAACUCGGUGUUCUCCUUCUCUACUGCCAAUCUACAACGAAUAUGUGAGCGUGAACCACUUUUUGUUUCCGCUGUGAAUCAUAAGGCGAUUUUAGAAGUGGACGAGGAAGGAGCCACGGCUGCUGCCACAACAUACGCAAUAAUGACAAAUUGUUACCGGCCACCCUCCCCACCUCCAAUAAUCGUCCGCGUUGAUCAUCCGUUCUUCUUGUCCCUCAUCUACGAUGAUAAGAUUCCGGUGUUCUUGGGACACGUGACCGAUCCGGAGGUGAACUAA